AUGUCCACUCAAGACGAGAGGCAGAUCAAUACUGAGUAUGCAGUGUCCUUGUUGGAACAGUUAAAACUGUUUUAUGAACAGCAGUUGUUUACUGACAUAGUGUUAAUUGUUGAGGGCACCGAGUUCCCUUGUCAUAAGAUGGUCCUUGCCACAUGUAGCUCUUAUUUUAGGGCCAUGUUCAUGAGUGGGCUAAGUGAAAGCAAACAGACACACGUACACCUGAGGAAUGUGGAUGCAGCCACCUUACAGAUAAUAAUUACGUACGCGUACACGGGUAAUUUGGCAAUAAAUGACAACACUGUAGAACAGCUGUAUGAAACAGCUUGCUUCCUGCAGGUAGAAGAUGUGUUGCAUCGUUGCCGGGAAUAUUUAAUUAAAAAAAUAAAUGCAGAGAAUUGUGUGCGGUUGUUGAGCUUUGCUGAUCUGUUCAGUUGUGAGGAAUUGAAACAAAGUGCUAAAAGAAUGGUGGAGCACAAGUUCACUGCUGUGUGUCACCAGGAAGCGUUCAUGCAGCUGUCCCAUGACCUCCUGAUAGACAUUCUCAGUAGUGACAACUUAAAUGUGGAAAAGGAGGAGACGGUUCGCGAAGCUGCUAUGCUGUGGCUAGAGUACAACACAGAAUCACGAUCCCAGUAUUUGUCUUCAGUUCUUAGCCAAAUCAGAAUCGAUGCACUUUCAGAAGUAACACAGAGAGCUUGGUUUCAAGGUCUGCCACCCAAUGAUAAGUCUGUAGUGGUUCAAGGUCUGUAUAAAUCCAUGCCCAAGUUUUUCAAACCAAGACUUGGGAUGACUAAAGAGGAGAUGAUGAUUUUCAUAGAAGCCUCUUCAGAAAAUUCUUGUGGUCUUUACUCUUCUGUCUGUUACAGCCCCCAAGCAGAAAAAGUUUACAAGCUCUGCAGCCCACCAGCUGAUUUGCAUAAAGUUGGGACCGUUGUAACUCCUGAUAAUGACAUCUACAUAGCAGGUGGUCAAAUUCCUUUGAAAAACACAAAAACAAAUCACAGUAAGACAAGCAAACUUCAGACUGCCUUCAGAACUGUGAAUUGCUUUUAUUGGUUUGAUGCACAGCAAAACACCUGGUUUCCAAAGACACCGAUGCUUUUUGUCCGAGUGAAGCCAUCCUUGGUUUGCUGUGAAGGGUACAUCUAUGCGAUCGGAGGAGAUAGUGUAGGCGGAGAGCUUAACCGGAGGACCGUAGAGAGAUACGACACCGAGAAGGAUGAGUGGACAAUGGUGAGCCCUUUGCCUUGUGCUUGGCAGUGGAGCGCAGCAGUUGUGGUUCAUGACUGCAUCUACGUGAUGACGCUGAACCUCAUGUAUUGUUAUUUUCCAAGGUCUGACUCAUGGGUAGAAAUGGCCAUGAGACAGACUAGCAGGUCUUUUGCUUCAGCUGCAGCUUUUGGUGAUAAAAUUUUCUAUAUUGGAGGGUUACACAUUGCCACCAAUUCUGGUUUAAGAUUCCCUUCAGGCACUGUAGAUGGGUCUUCAGUAACUGUGGAAAUUUAUGAUGUGAAUAAAAAUGAGUGGAAAAUGGCAGCUAACAUUCCUGCUAAGAGGUACUCAGACCCCUGUGUUCGAGCUGUUGUGAUCUCAAAUUCUCUGUGUGUGUUUAUGCGAGAAACUCACUUAAAUGAAAGAGCUAAAUAUGUCAUUUACCAGUAUGAUCUGGAACUCGACCGGUGGUCUCUGCGGCAGCAUAUAUCUGAACGUGUGCUGUGGGACCUAGGGAGAGACUUUCGAUGCACUGUGGGGAAACUUUAUCCAUCCUGCCUUGAAGAAUCUCCAUGGAAACCACCAACCUAUCUUUUUUCACCAGAUGGGAUGGAGGAGUUUGAACUGGACUGA